CCUCGAUCCACUUGCAUCCUUCUCACUCCUCGACGACGUGCAGCGCCGACGCUCUUUGCGGGACAAUGGAGGAGGCAGGGUCGUCCUCGGGCCGCCACCCGUACGCGCAUCUCACGACGGGCAGGGCGAGCAACACAAUCCGGACCCUCGAUGCCUUUGCGUUCCCAGCAAUUUCGCCUGCAUUGUCAUCAUCGUCGUCGUCGACACCUCCUUCGGCGUUGGAGCCGCGCUCAGAAGUCAAGAGACGGAAAGUGGCCGAUGUCGUAUCUCCAUCCAGUGAGGAGGCGGCACGGAAAAGGCGUCUUCGCAAGGCAAAUCCAAAGGGAGAAGGGUCUUCCUCGUCCUCACCCGCCACCUACCAGCCUUUCUCUCGGGAGCAUCUUCUGAGCCGGCUGUCAACGUUCACUAUCUCAAGCUACACCACCAAGCCUGCGCAUCAUCCCCGCCUGAGCCCGCUGGGCAUUGCGACUCGCGGUUGGUCACAAGCCGGUGUGAGCACGCGCGACGAAGUGCGAUGCGUCACCUGUGCCGCCACCUGCCACUUGGAAAGCCCUCCAGCUGCUCAAAGUAGAGAGGAGAAAGAGGACUUUUGGAACAGGCAGGAAUCAAAGAUUGUCGACUCUCAUAAGUCAUGGUGUCCUUGGAGGUUGAGAGGAUGCGAUGCAUCACUCUACCGUCUUUCAAUCCAUUCGAGAAUCGCCACCGUCAAGGAUUUGGCCAAUGACACGCGCAACCUGUUGGAAUGCACCAGCAUCGAAAAACUUCUCAUCGAGACGCCUUUGAACGAGGGUGAGGUGCAACAGUUCGUAGCGGCCAUCACGACCGCCUUGUCCGUGUCCAUGCCAGGGAGCAACAGCGAAGACAGCGCUGUUCGCAUCUGCUCACUCCUCUCGCUCUUUGGCUGGCAAAGUGCCCUCACCCCUUCUACCACCCCGGAAAAGCUCAAAGCGAGCAACACGACCGUCAGUUGUUCCUACUGUGCCCGCAAGGUCGGUCUCUGGUCAUGCUUGUCUGAAGACUCGCAACCAACUAAAACGACGAAUCGCCCUCGGACCUUUCACGUCGCACGAGAGCACCGUACCUUCUGCCCGCACGUCAACGGGAGCGUGCAAGCCGCCACAUUUCUGUCAAGCGGAGAUACGACAACAGCGAUGUCAAAGGGCCUCUUGGACAAAACGCUUGUGGGACUUCAGGGUUCCGAGCUGCGAAGGAUGAGGAGCAGGGCAGGCAGUGACGCCAGUUUGCGCUCGGAUGCAACCGGCCUGGAGUCAUUGAGGGUGGGACCCACGACCAAUCAAGAUUCAAGCCUCAUGGGUGCCUCCGAAGGACAGUCGUCGAGCAAUCUCCAGCUGCCAGGCUGGUCGUUGAGGUUAAAUCUUGUUUUAAAGAGGGCGAACAAGCACGUCGACAGCGGAGUCAUGCCACCUCCUCCAUCGACUCGGGUAUCAAAUGGAGCCAAUGGAGCAGAAAGCGAGGGAGGUGGGGCCCAUUCUCUCCGGAAAAUGAAGAGCCAUGAGCUCUUGGCUAGGGUUCGAAGCCUGAUGGGAGGACUUUAGCAGAUCUCGUGACUGUUGACCACGAGAAGAAGAAAGUCUCAGCUCAUUUGUACUGUACAAGUGUCCCUUC